GCGGUGGCUGAGAGCGAGAUCAUUAGUGAUUAUCAGCACUUUAGAUGGGCGAAUUGCUGCCUUGGAUCCAGAGAAUCAUGGUAAAAAGCAAUGGGAUUUGGACGUGGGAUCUGGCUCCUUGGUUUCAUCCAGCCUUAGCAAACCAGAGGUUUUCGGGAAUAAGAUGAUCAUUCCUUCCCUGGAUGGAGACCUCUUCCAGUGGGACCGAGACCGUGAGAGCAUGGAAACAGUUCCUUUUACAGUUGAAUCACUUCUUGAAUCUUCUUACAAAUUUGGAGAUGAUGUUGUUUUGGUUGGAGGGAAGUCUCUCACUACCUAUGGGCUCAGUGCAUGUACUGGAAAGGUGAGGUACAUCUGUUCAGCAUUGGGUUGUCGCCGAUGGGAUAAUGAUGAAAUGGAACAAGAAGACAUCCUGCUUCUGCAACGCACCCAGAAAACUGUUAGAGCUGUCGGGCCUCGCAGUGGCAAUGAGAAGUGGAAUUUCAGUGUUGGCCACUUUGAACUUCGGUAUAUUCCAGACAUGGAAACUAGAGCUGGAUUUAUUGAGAGCACUGUAAAACCCAGUCAGAACAAAGAGUCUGAAAUUAUCUCAGAUGUGGAAGAACAGGAAGCUGCCAUAGUGGACACAGUGAUAAAAGUCUCUGUUGCGGAUUGGAAGGUUAUGGCCUUUAGCAAGAAGGGAGGACAUCUAGAAUGGGAAUAUCAGUUUUGUACUCCCAUUGCGUCUGCCUGGUUGGUGAAGGAUGGCAAAGUCAUUCCCAUCAGUCUUUUUGAUGAUACAAGAUAUGCAUCUAAUGAUGGUGUUUUAGAAGAUGAAGAAGACAUUGUAGAAGCUGCCCGAGGAGCCACAGAAAACAGUGUUUAUUUGGGAAUGUACAGAGGCCAGCUGUAUCUGCAGUCAUCUGUCAGAAUUUCAGAAAAGUUUCCUACAAAUCCCAAGGCCUUGGAAUCUGUUAAUAAUAAAAAUGAAAUUAUUCCUUUGCCAACAAUCAAAUGGAAACCCUUAAUACAUUCUCCUUCGAGAACUCCUAUCUUGGUAGGGUCUGAUGAAUUUGACAAAUGUCUUAGUAAUGAUAAGUUUUCUCAUGAAGAGUACAGUAAUGGCGCACUUUCAAUCUUGCAGUAUCCAUAUGAUAAUGGUUAUUAUCUACCAUACUACCAGAGGGACAGGAGCAGACGGAGCAUAGGGAGCACCCAGAUCACAGUCCGAGUUCUGAAGAGCCCAGACUACAGCAAGAAUGUCCGCAGAAAGGACCCUGUUCUCCUCCUACACUGGUGGAAAGAAAUAGCCGGGACUAUUCUGUUCUGUAUCAUAGCAACAACUUUUAUUGUGCGCAGACUUUUCCAUCCUCAUCCUCACAGACAAAGGAAGGAAUCUGAAACUCAGUGUCAAACUGAAACUAAAUAUGAUUCUGUAAGUGGAGAAGCUAAUGACAGCUGGAAUGACAUAAAAAAUUCUGGAUAUAUAUCACGGUACCUAACAGAUUUUGAACCAAUUCAGUGCAUGGGUCGUGGUGGGUUUGGAGUUGUCUUUGAAGCUAGAAACAAAGUAGAUGACUGCAAUUAUGCUAUCAAGAGAAUUCGUCUCCCCAACAGGGAAUUGGCUCGGGAGAAGGUAAUGCGAGAAGUUAAAGCCUUAGCCAAGCUGGAACACCCAGGCAUUGUCAGGUAUUUCAAUGCUUGGUUGGAAGCACCACCAGAGAAAUGGCAAGAAAAAAUGGAUGAAAUUUGGCUGAAAGAUGAAAGCACAGACUGGCCACUCAGCUCUCCCAGUCCAAUGGAUGCACCAUCGGUUAAAAUACGCAGAAUGGAUCCUUUCUCUACAAAGGAACAUAUUGAAAUCAUAGCUCCUUCGCCACAAAGAAGCAGGUCUUUUUCAGUAGGGAUUUCCUGUGGUCAGACAAGUUCAUCUGAGAGCAACUUCUCUCCACUGGAAUUUUCAGGACUAGGCCUUGGAGACACCAGUGCGUCAGUGGGUGCAGUGCACAACCUCCAGGACAGCUGCCUCACAGACUGUGAUGUGGAAGAUGGCACAAUGGAAGGCAGUGAAGAGGGGCACUCCUUUGAACUUUGUCCCUCUGAAGCUUCUCCUUAUGUAAAGUCCAGGGAAAGAACCUCCUCUUCCAUAGUAUUUGAAGAUUCAGGCUGUGAUAAUGCAUCCAGUAAAGAAGAGCCCAAAGCUAACCAACUACACAUUGGCAACCAUUAUGCUAAUAAACUAACUGCUGCCAAGCAUUCCAGUAGCAAAUCUUCGGAACCUAGUUUGUCUAUUUCUCUUCCAAGACCAACCACUUUAAGUCUAGAUCUCACUAAAAACACUGCAGAAAAGCUGCAGCCCAGUUCCCCAAAGGUGUAUCUUUACAUUCAGAUGCAGCUGUGCAGAAAAGAGAAUCUAAAGGACUGGAUGAACAGCCGGUGCAGCAUGGAGGAAAGAGGGUGGGACACGUGCCUGCACAUCUUCCUGCAGAUCGCAGAGGCGGUGGAGUUCCUGCACAGUAAGGGGCUCAUGCACAGGGACCUCAAGCCUUCCAACAUAUUCUUUACAAUGGACGACGUGGUCAAGGUUGGAGACUUUGGAUUAGUGACAGCAAUGGACCAGGACGAGGAAGAGCCGAUGGUUCUGACCCCAAUGCCAGCGUAUGCCCGGCACACGGGACAAGUGGGGACCAAACUGUAUAUGAGCCCAGAACAGAUUCAUGGAAACAACUACUCUCAUAAAGUGGACAUCUUUUCUUUAGGCCUCAUUCUGUUUGAGUUGUUGUACCCCUUCGGCACUCAGAUGGAGAGAGUCAGGGUCUUAACUGAUGUAAGAAAUCUCAGAUUUCCACCACUGUUUACUCAGAAAUAUCCUCGUGAGUAUAUGAUGGUUCAAGAGAUGCUCUCUCCAUCCCCCAUGGAGCGGCCUGAAGCUGCACACAUCAUUGAAAACACUGUAUUUGAGGACUUGGAGUUUCCAGGAAAAACUGUGCUCAGGCAGAGGUCCCGCUCCGUGAGUUCAUCAGGAACAAAACCGUCAAGACACUCCAGCGACUCCCGUAGCCCUUUGCCAAACAGUUCACCUUAGGUUGUGCCUGUGCCCUAACAGAUGACACAGAAUAGUCUCUGCUUAGGAAUGUGACCUUCCAAAAUUGUAGACUUGAGAACUUUGUUCUUUGCUCAGUUUUAUUUUGAACUACUUUUUCUAAGUCAAAUUUAAACUGAAUUUUGGGGCACAACCUAAUUUGAGCCAACUCUUGAUUUUUGCUGUCCUCGAGGAGAGAACCAUCACUAAAUCACGUGUGGUCCUUUUUCUUGGUGGGUCUCUUGAAACUGGCUGGCCACGCUCUGUAGCCCUCACCUGUUGCCUGGCGAGGUCAAGCAAUCCCUAAAAUUAAUAGAGAGAUAUUUUUAUAGCACAGAAUCAUGAAAAUCCCUACGUACGGUAGCUAUAUUGUUCUAGAAAUACGCUUUCUAGAGAUACUGCUGAUUUUUAAACUGAUUUCCAAAAAGCUGACUCCAUUUUUGUCUCAGUGGGUAAAUCGGGAAUCUGCACUAUUUGGGAGGACAAGUAGCACAAACUGCACAAUGGUUUACGUCCAUAUCUAGUUCUGUAGUGGCCUCGGUAGCAUCAUAGCUGUUUCUCAGAUGGUCCAGGGAGGGUGUAAGAGCUUGUGCUUUACCUCCAAAAAAGGGAAUGAAGCUUUUAUGUAAAUUGGUCAAAAGUUCUGGUUUGGGGAUGAAAAAAGGCCGUAGUAAGAAAUGAAUCACAUUUUACAGUUAACUUCUUUACUUAUGGACUUCAAACCGAAUAAAAUCUUAAGUGUCUUAUAUGUAAUUCUAUAGGCAGGUCGUUUUCCAAAACUGAUUAUAGAUAACAGUUUAAUCAUCUAACUUGUUUUUAUUUUCACUGUAAAUAUGUUUAUUUUUUAUUUAUAAAAAUUCUGAACUCAAUCCGUUUGGGUUGGUGGUAUAUAGAACACACUUAAGUGUGUUAACUAUUGUGACUUCUUUCAAGUCUAAAUGAUUUAAUAAAACUUUUAUUAAUUACU